GUUCGCCGUUCUCAUUUUCUCUGCUUCCCGGAGAAGCAGCGGAGUUGGAGAAGCCACCGCGCAAGAUCAAGCAAUAAUGAUGACGCGAACCGAUCUCCCCCAAGCAUGGUGGUUCGAUAGACGCAGCAGUUCGAAACAGUCUCCAUGGUUGUUGUCGGCACUUUCAGGACUAGAAGAGAAGACCAAGCAAAUGCUGGAACUGAUCGAGGGAGAUGCCGAUUCAUUUGCUCAACGAGCCGAGGCGUAUUACAAGAAGCGGCCUUUACUCGUCGACAUGAUCAGGGAGUUUUACCGAGCUCACCGCGCAUUGGCCGAGCAAUACGACCAGCUCAAAUCAGCAGGCUCGACGCAUCACAAUCUAUUCGGUCCCUCUUUUCUAGAUGGAAGCUUGUCACCGAAAGUAUGCAACAAUGCAACCGAUGGAUCAUCGCUCUUCUCCUCAGAGUGUUCUGAGUCUGAGGAACCUGAUGUUGACGACACAGAAACAGAAGCAGAAACCGAUCGAGUUUCGCCGAACAAAAGAUAUGAAGAGAAUGAGAGAGAAUUACAAGUACUUCGCGAACAGAAUGCGGCUCUUAAGGCCGAACUAGAUGUAAAAGACGAGGAGAAGAGGGAGGUCAUCAGGCAACUAGCUUUCGCUAUCGAUAUACUCAAGGAGGAGAACGCCGAUCUACGAAAACAUGUCAACGGUUCGAGAAAAAUGAGCAAAUAUCUUCGAAUUCGAAAAGUUGACUAAGGAUUCACUUUGCAGAAAAGUUUUUAGUAGGCAUUCUAAUUCCCAGGAUAUAGUUUUGGCUCAGUAUUUAGGUGGCUCUUGAUUGCUAAGCUUUCUAGUUAGUGUUAACUCAUAGUACCAUUCUUUUUAGUAAAUGAUACAUGUUUAUCUUUCUUUAAA